AUGUUAAUCUUUCAAAAUGAUCUAACUGAGACAUGGAAAAAAACAGAUAUAAAUUCGAGGUCCCUUCAAUAUCAUAAAUCCGCUAACAUUACUAUUCGAUUUAAACUUUCUAAAGCUCUUUAUAGCUUUAAACCUUUUAACAAACUCUAUCGCUUUAAUUCCUUUAAUUCUCCAAUACAUUACAACAAUUUAAACCCAUUACCCUUCGUAAUCAUGCUUGCGACUAAAUUCCUAUAUGCUGUAAUUACCAUUGUAUCCGCUUUCAUCAUAAUUGCGGACGCAAAAUUAUGUCGCACUAACGCAAACCUUAACAUCCGUGCAAGUCCAUCUACAAAGGCAAAGAUUGUCCGUGUUGUUACUAAAGGUUCUAAUGUUGAUAUUACUUGUCAAACUACUGGCGAUACUGUUGACGGCAAAAAUACUUGGGAUAAAUUAUCCGAUGGUACAUAUUGUUUUGAUUCUUACAUAAAUAAUGCUGUUGGUCUUCCGCGUUGUGAUACUAAUAAUGGUCAACUUAGUAAUGAUGGUUUAAACUUUAUAAAACAAUCUGAAGGAUUCAGGCCUGAUUUUUAUGGUGAUUCUGUGAAAAUUAAGACCAUCGGUUAUGGUCAUGCUUGUCAUGCCGAUCCAAACCACUGUAAUGGAAUUCACGCUCCAAUCACUCCUGCACAAGGAGAGGCUUUACUUAGAAGUGAUUUGGCCUCUAAAGAAGAUUGUGUUAAGAGAUAUACCUCAUAUAAUAUUGAUUCAAAUAAAUUUUCUGCUCUAGUUAGUUUUUGUUUUAACCUUGGAUGUGGUGCAUAUGAGAAUUCUUCAUUACGUAAAAAGCUUAAUGCUGGUGACAUAAAGGGAGCUGCUAAUGAGUUUCUUUUAUUUAAUCGUGCUGGUGGCAAAGUAGUUCCAGGUUUAACAAGACGUCGUGAAGCUGAAAGAAAUUUAUUCUGCAAAAGUGGUGGCUAG